CUCCCCUCUCCCGGCAACCCCCGUGAGCCGAUCGCUUCCCCCCCGUCCGCGGCCUCGAGGCGCUUUCCGUUGGGCCUGUAGCCGCCCGCUUCCAGCUGCUCCCCGGCGAAGCUCCAGAGAUGAGUUUUUCCAUCUCUUCCGAGAUGAACCAGAUUAUGAUGCAUGAUUAUCACAGAAGAAAUUCAUGUCUAUAGCUUUUAAGGACUUAAUUACAUCAUUUCCAAGCCUGAUAGUUUUGGAAUCACCAUUAAAGCUUAAGACACCUCUGCCUUCACUUCAACCACCUAUCUUCAUACCUCAACGAAGUGCUGAGUUUUAACACUCCUUUGUCCUUGAAUUAUUUAAGACAUCCCAGAAAUACAUUUCUUACCAGUAUAGUAGCCAAAUUUAUAAGGAAAAAUGAUUCCCAACGGAUAUUUAAUGUUUGAAGAUGAAAAUUUCAUUGAGUCUUCGGUUGCCAAAUUAAAUGCCCUGAGGAAAAGUGGGCAGUUCUGUGAUGUUCGACUUCAGGUCUGCGGCCAUGAGAUGUUAGCACACAGAGCGGUCCUGGCUUGCUGCAGUCCCUAUUUAUUUGAAAUCUUCAAUAGUGACGGUGAUCCUCAUAGAGUUUCUCAUGUUAAGUUCGAUGAUCUCAAUCCAGAAGCUGUUGAAGUCUUGUUGAAUUAUGCCUACACUGCACAGUUGAAAGCUGAUAAGGAAUUAGUAAAAGAUGUUUAUUCUGCAGCCAAAAAGCUGAAGAUGGACCGAGUAAAGCAGGUUUGUGGCGAUUACUUACUGUCUCGAAUGGAUGUUACCAGCUGCAUUUCCUACCGUAAUUUUGCAAGUUGUAUGGGAGACUCCCGUUUGUUGAAUAAGGUUGAUGCUUAUAUUCAAGAGCAUUUGUUACAAAUUUCUGAAGAGGAAGAGUUUCUUAAACUUCCACGGCUAAAGUUGGAGGUAAUGCUUGAAGAUAAUGUUUGCUUGCCCAGCAAUGGCAAAUUGUAUACAAAGGUAAUCAACUGGGUGCAGCGUAGCAUCUGGGAGAAUGGAGACAGUCUGGAAGAGCUGAUGGAAGAGGUUCAAACCUUGUACUACUCAGCUGAUCACAAGCUGCUUGAUGGGAACCUACUAGAUGGACAGGCUGAGGUGUUUGGCAGUGAUGAUGACCACAUUCAGUUUGUGCAGAAAAAGCCACCACGUGAGAAUGGCCAUAAGCCGAUAAAUAGCAGUUCCACUGGAUGUCUCCCUUCUCCAAAUGCCCCGGUACAAAGUCCUAAGCAUGAGUGGAAAAUCAUUGCUUCAGAAAAGACUUCAAAUAACACUUACUUGUGCCUGGCUGUGCUGGAUGGUGUAUUCUGUGUCAUUUUCCUUCACGGGCGAAACAGCCCACAAAGCUCACCAACAAGUACUCCAAAACUAACUAAAAGUUUAAGCUUUGAGAUGCAGCCUGAUGAGCUGAUAGAAAAGCCCAUGUCGCCUAUGCAUUAUGCACGGUCUGGCCUGGGUACGGCGGAGCUGAAUGGCAAACUCAUAGCUGCAGGGGGCUAUAACAGAGAGGAAUGCCUUCGAACAGUUGAAUGCUACGAUCCACAUACAGAUCAUUGGUCCUUCCUUGCUCCCAUGAGAACACCAAGAGCCCGAUUUCAAAUGGCUGUACUGAUGGGCCAGCUUUAUGUGGUUGGUGGAUCAAAUGGCCACUCGGAUGACCUGAGUUGUGGAGAGAUGUAUGAUCCAAACAUAGAUGACUGGAUUCCUGUUCCAGAAUUGAGAACUAACCGUUGUAAUGCAGGAGUGUGUGCUCUGAAUGGGAAAUUAUACAUCCUUGGUGGCUCUGAUCCAUAUGGUCAGAAAGGGCUGAAAAACUGUGAAGUUUUUGAUCCUGUAACAAAAUCAUGGACAAGCUGUGCUCCUCUAAACAUUCGUAGACAUCAGUCUGCAGUCUGUGAGCUUGGUGGUUAUUUGUACAUAAUUGGAGGUGCAGAGUCUUGGAAUUGCCUGAACACUGUAGAACGUUACAAUCCUGAAAAUAACACCUGGACUUUAAUUGCACCCAUGAAUGUGGCUCGGAGAGGAGCUGGGGUAGCUGUUCUGGACGGAAAACUAUUUGUAGGUGGUGGCUUUGAUGGUUCUCACGCCAUCAGCUGUGUGGAGAUGUAUGAUCCAACUAGAAAUGAAUGGAAGAUGAUUGGAAACAUGACUUCAGCAAGGAGCAAUGCUGGGAUUGCAUCUGUAGGGAACACCAUCUAUGCAGUGGGAGGAUUUGAUGGCAAUGAAUUUCUGAAUACCGUAGAAGUCUAUAACCUUGAGUCAAAUGAGUGGAGCCCCUAUACAAAGAUUUUUCAGUUUUAACAAAUUUAAGAUUCUUUCAAACUAACAGGCUUAGUGAUGUAAUUGUGUUUAGUAGAGGUACAUUUGUGAAUAAGGAGGGUGGGUGGGUCUAGAGGUUGCUAACAGCAACACAAAGCUUUUGCAUAUUGCAUAUUAUUAAACAUGCUGUACAUACUUUUUGUGUUAUUGGGAAAGGAAUGCAAAGUUGAAGAUCUGUUUUGUGUAUUUUUAGGACUACUUUGGUUAUUUUACUUUUUGGAAGUUGUUACUGUAAAAGAAUAAACCAAGAAUUGAUUGGGCACAUCAUUUCAAGAAGUCCCCUCUCCACAUUUGUUUUGCCAAUUUGCACAUUGAAUUACUUUCCUUAAAUGUGUAUUAGGGCAAGAGGGGGUAGAGUAUUAAGAUGUAGGCAUUGGGUUUUUUAAGGGCCCUUUUACAAUAACUGGAACCCUCUAUAACAAAAGAUACUUAUUUAACUAGAUGGCAAUGACUUUUUUUUAUUAAAAGAAAGCUGACAUGCCUACCAAGA